AACUGAGCGGUCCCAGAUGUCACAGUGCCGGCCUCGACAGUACGGCGGACGGUCCUGUGGUCAGAGGUGGACCGGACACGACCGGACACUGACAUAAAGCAGUGGGCGUGUGAUACAAUCGGUGCCUUCUUUGCGACGGGGAAGUGGCAGUGUGUGGUCUGUGGAAGUCUGCGAGGAAACUAAACGAACAGAACUUUCCUACUCUCCUGCUGCAAUGUCGUUCACGAUGAUCUGUCGCGGCUCGCUGCUCCUACUCCUUUUGACCGGUCUGGUGUCAGCCGACCCCGCCAAGAGGCUAUCGGACGAGCGGCCCAACUUCAUCAUCAUGCUGAUGGACGAUAUGGGCUACGGUGACCUUGGGGUAAUGGGAGAGCCAAACAGGGAGACACCGAACCUGGACCAAAUGGCUCGAGAUGGCGUCCUCUACCCCGAGUUCUACACCGGCGCCGCUAUAUGUUCCCCGUCUCGAGCGGCCAUGCUCACGGGCCGUCUGCCCGUCAGAAACGGUUUCUACUCCACAAACAACUUCGGACACAACGCCUAUACGCCUCAGGAGAUUGUCGGUGGAAUUUCGGACGACGAGAUUCUUCUACCAGAGCUGCUAAAGAAGGCUGGAUACACGACGGCUCUCGUCGGGAAGUGGCACCUGGGUCACCGGCCUCAGUACCACCCGAUGGACCAUGGCUUUGACACGUGGUUUGGAGCGCCCAAUUGCCACUUCGGGCCGUACGACGAUAAGGAAACGCCCAACAUUCCCGUGUAUAGGGACCGCAACAUGAUGGGACGGUACUUCGAAGACUUCCAGAUUGACCGGAAGACGGGGGAGUCCAACUAUACCCGCCAGCUGGCUGACGAGGCGGUCAGCUUCCUGCAGUCGCAGGUGAACGCGUCGGCUCCGUUUUUCCUCCUGUGGACGCCGGAUGCGUCACACGCGCCGCACUACGCCUCAAAGAAGUUCCUCGGCAAGAGUCGACGAGGUCUCUACGGCGAUGCCAUGAUGGAGCUAGAUCACAGUGUUGGACGGAUCCUGAACGCGCUGCGAGACAACAACAUGACCAAUACGCUCGUGUUCUUCUCGUCCGACAACGGCGCAGCCCUCGUGGACAAGGGUCACGGCGGCAGCAACGGCCGUCUCCUGUGCGGAAAACAGACGACCUUCGAGGGUGGCUUCCGCGUGCCUACGAUCGCCUGGUGGCCGGGCCAGGUAGCGCCGGGAACCGUCAGCCAUCAGGUGGGCACCCAGAUGGACCUGUUUACCACGUUCACUCAGCUGGCCGGUCAGCCUAUCCCCGAUGAUCGCGUGGUGGACGGGAUCGAUCUGACCGAGAACCUGAGGGACGGCUCCAUCACAGAUCGGAACGUGUUCUUUUACCGCGGUGACCUGCUGAUGGCGGCUCGCGUGGGACACUACAAGUCACACAUCUGGACGUUCACCACGCCUCCUGAGGAGCUGGGAAAUGGUACCGACCAUUGCCCGGGCAUGAGCAUUGCCAAUCUGACGACGCCCGAACAAAUAAACCGAACCGACACUCCGGUGGUAAUCGACCUGAGCCGCGACCCGGGCGAGAUGUACCAGCUUCCCACCUACACAGACGAGUACCAGACCGAGGUCAACAAAAUGUACAAGGUCAUCACCGAUCACGUGACCGACAUGGUGAAGGGCCGGCCGGCUCUCGACUGGUGCGACCAAGCCGUCAUGAACUGGUCCCCAUCGGGAUGUGAGGCGCUGAACGACUGUCUCACACCGCCCAAGUCAGACCCCUAUCGAUGCUACUGGCCGCAUUAGACAACGGCUCCUCAGAUGGCAUGUUCGGAUGUGAUCAGUCUUCAGAUCAAAGGAAGGGGUUGACAAACUCGGUAGUGGUGGGCCUGUUAUUGGGCUACUGAUGUUGAUUUUAGAAGUGUCACUUCAGGUGCUGUAUUUGGAACAUAUCACAGCAUGUGUGAGAUUUCUAUAUAAAAAUGGCUAUACCUACUAAAUGAAAAAAACAUAAUUUUAUCUCUAUUUUACUGCAUGAGCAUCGAGCUGCCACAUCUAGUAGUGUAUCAGUGAAUCCUGCCUUAUCACCCUGCAUAAUUUUGUUAAUUUGUUGUGUGUUACUGUACCUAUAUAUUUGAUGAUCAUCCGAUCCAUGUAUGUAAAAAUACGUGCAAUUAUAAUACAAUGAUAUUGCCAAGG